AUGGCGGAAAGACGUAGACGAAGGAGGCUAUCCGAAGACGAAAGCGGCGAAGAAGUAUCUGAGGAUAUUAAAGACACUGAAACACGGGAGAGACUAUCGGAAUGUGAAAGUGAAGAUGAACAUCUUGUGGAAGAUGUAGAUGUGUCAGAUUAUGAAAGUGUGACUGAAGGAAAAGAACCUGAAGAGGAUGGUGUUGAUAAUGAAGAUGAUGAUGAAAGUGAAGAAGAGAGUGAGGAAGACAGUGAGGACGAGAGUGAAGAAGAGGAAACAAGUGAAGAGGAUGAAGAGGAAGAUGACAGUGAUGUUGGAGUUGAUUAUGCUGAUGAUGGACUAGAAGAAGAACGUCAAAGUGGUGAUGGAGAGGAACAGCCGGGUGAGGAAAAAGAUAAAGAAUUAGAUGAUGAUGAAGAUCGUAGAAAUCCUGCUUAUGUGCCAAGGCGGGGAGCCUUUUAUGAGCAUGACACUCGGAUAACUGAAGAUACAGAAAAAGAACAACAGCGACUUGCACCAAAAAAGAAACUUUGGAAAGAUGAAGGGAAAUGGCAGCAUGAUCGAUUCCGUGAAGAUCAACAAGCUCCUAAAUCUCGAGAGGAAUUAAUGGUCAUUUAUGGUUAUGACAUUUUGGCUAGUGAUCAACCUCCUGCAGCACCUCCUAGGAUAAACAAAUCAAGAGUUCGCAAUUCUCAGCGCAGACAACAAUUGAAAGAUUUUAUUGGUGAUCCUAAGUGGUCAGGAAGGCGAACUAGCCCAGAUGUUCAACAGAAGAAUUAUCGAAAUCGAAGACCUACUCGGGGUGGUGGUCGUAAUAGACUUGGAGAUUAUGGAGACAGCCGGAGGGAAUAUGGAGAUAAUCGUCAUGAGCAGGAAAAACUUGAUCAUAAUACUGGUCCAUCAAAGGCUGAGAAUGUAACUCGCCCUAAAAGAUACUCUACUCAGCGACAGAGAAAUAUGCCUGAAGUAAAUUAUCCUGAUCAAAUUCCUGUUGACGGAACCACUUAUUACAGUCCCAAUUUUACUCAAGGCCCACCACCCAUGUUUCAUCCUGAUCAAGGUCCACCUACUCAUCAAGAUGGAGCAGCGUUCCAGCCUACCAUGUUACAGGCUCAUACCCCUAUCCCUUACACACUGCCAGUAUCCACAACUGGUAUCCCUUCACCUCCACGCAUGUUUGGUCCUGCACCAGUUCCAGUGAGCAUUGCAACUGCUCCACCUGUUUAUGUUGGCUUCCAUCUGUACAUUGGUGCUUCCAUUUUCCACCACCACCUGGGCCUUACCAGACUUUUGCAGCAGAACAGUUUUAGCCGAUCCUCCUGUUUAGUAAAGUCUGCAAUUCCUAUUAUUAAUCCUCAGGAUGUAAAGGAUAAAAAAUUCACAAGUGCCAAUGAAACAGACUCUAAUAACUACAACAGCCAUGACAAAGAUCAAGAGGAAAGUACUAUAACCAAUGUCCAUGCUAGAGAGUCUGUUGACUUUGCUCCUGAGAGCAGCAGUUGUAGCCAAACUGCUUCUGAAACUCCAACAAGUAGAGCAUCUGAUAGCACCUCAUUGUCUUUGUCUAGAUCUGCAUCUUCUGCAGUAAUCAGCAAAGAGAAAUCCUCCUCAGAAGAGGAGGACACUAAUUCUAGCUCUAUCACAGCUCAUAAACCUGUGGAUCUGGCCGAUACUUGCACACCAAGUGAACAGGCAACGCAACCAAUAUUAGAGGCUGCUGCUUAG